CAAGCCAGCAGUUGUCGAGCGCAGAAUUGCAUUAGCACGGCGACAGACGAAACAUCAAGAUGCCAGGAAAAGUUAAAGGACUGAUGGAACGCCUACGUGACGGCGAGACGGUGGUGAUCGCGGAGGGAUAUCUUUACGUCUUUGAACGACGCGGCUAUUUGAAGGCCGGAGCCUUUGUACCAGAGGUUGUUGUGGAAUACCCGCACCUAGUUCGCCAGCAAUACGAAGAGUUUUACAGGGCAGGGAGUGACGUGGUUUUGGCUUUUACGUACUAUGCUCAUCGUGAAAAAUUAUCACUGAUUGACCGCGAGCGAGACCUUGAGAAAAUGAAUCGGACAGCACUGCGCAUGGCCAGAGAGGUAGCGGAUCAAACUGGAUCGCUAAUGGCCGGAAACAUCUGUAACAGCAACAUAUAUGAACCAGACAAUCCGGACAUCUCUGCAAAGAUCAGGGAUAUGUUCAAGGAUCAGAUCGAGUGGGCUGUUGAGGAAGGCGCUGAUUUCAUUCUCGCAGAGACGUUCAGUGAUUUUGGUGAAGCACUGCUAGCAUUGGAAGCAGUCAAAGAAUACGGCAAAGGUCUACCUGUCAUUGUCAACUUGGCGUGGCAUAAGAAGGAAGUUAACGGCCGACCAGCCACGAUUGACGGAGUAGAGAUCUGCGAGACUUUCAAGAGACUUGAGGCGGCUGGUGCUGACGUGCUUGGCCUGAACUGCGCUCGUGGUCCAGCAACCAUGCUCCCGCUGAUAGAAGAGAUCCAGAAAUGCAUCAAGACACCAGUGGCUGCCAUUCCAGUUCCAUAUCGUACAACUGAAGCGGAACCAAACUUCCAAUCUUUAACCGAUCCGCUGUCUGGCGCCCCAAUAUUCCCGUUAGAUAUGAACCCUGUGCAGUGCAACCGCUCUGACAUCAAGGAGUUUGGCAAGCGUUGCAUGGAGCUUGGCAUUCAGGUCGUUGGUAUCUGCUGUGGUAACGAUAGUUACCUCACCCGCACGCUGUGUGAGACACUGGGCCGCAAGGUACCAGCCUCGCGCUACAGCGCCGACAUGUCCCUGCACUACUUGCUCGGGACCAGCGACAAGCUGUCUGAACGCCACAUAAGAGGAGAAGUGAGACAGCACACGUCCUAGGCAGAUAUCCCAGCAAGAAAGAUAACACUGCAACAGCCUCAACAUCUAUAGCAAAGAAUAUCAUGUUCAGGUGUGGUCACAAAUGCAUAAAAAAUUCAGUUUGUGCUUUAAACACGUCUGCGUUGAUGACUGCUUACUGCUUGGGAAAUGCUAUGUAGAUUCUUGAUUAGUUCAGCAUUAAAGGAAAAUCCUACUCAGAUGUCGCUUUUUGAUCGAGUAGACAAAGCGUUCCUCAUUAUUGAUGGCACUUCAAGUUUAAAAUCUUUAGUUUAGAUCAUUUAAAAGUAUGAGAGACUAGUUAAACUUAUCGCAGCACCAACUUUCCGAUCUCUUGAGUGAUAAUUUAUAAAGACAACCAUCUCCAUAGUAUUUUGUAUUAGUAUGUUAAUGGCUAAGUCUUCAGUUUUGAAACCACAUCUCAAAAGAAAUGUGUCUACUUCUCGUAUAUCAAGAUUUGUAGUACCUAUAGGAAGGUAAGAAGAAUCGACCUUACGCAUUGCUUUGUUUUUCAGGCGUUAAUAAAAAUUCGAACCCAAACUACUGUACUUAACAUUUCGUUUGAGAGGCAAUUACAUCGGUAAAAUUCUUUCAUGCGAUCAUGUUUUGCAUUCUAAUCGACUUUCUAUUUGUAUUUUUUUUUCAUGUCAAAAUGGUCAUUCUACCCCCAUCAGUAGCAUAGUAAUAGUAUGUCUUGUGUAGGUAAAUAUUUUGUACAUGUACCGGUAAGUGUCCAUGCCUUGUUCGUGUACAGUUGUAACUUGCUUUUUCCAUGGCCAUACUCUACACACAAGUGAUCCAUUCAGCAAAGUACUUCUGCGUUCAUUUUCGACUCUCAUCUCACUGUUAACAUCCAUGUGGACACCAUCACCAGGAAAGCCAAUUCCACCGAGGCUUUCUUAUCCUGCAACCUCAAACAUCGCAGAGGCAAAGGAAGCUGCUUAUUCCAUUUUUGCGAGAUAUACUGUGGAAUACACCUGCAUCAUCUCAGCGCAGGACAUCGACACGCAACGGAACAGUUAUCAGGUAGUGUUGUGUACUCGAGGGCAAUUACACACGGACGGCUACAUCGGGUACUUUAUCCAUCAACCAGAGACUUUUUUAUUAAAUCAACAGAGGGCGCUAUACAGUUUAGUUUCUAGUGAAGUAAACAACAUUCCUCUCCUACUAAAGAAAAAAAUGCAAUGAAAUUAACCCAUUUAUGUGUAAAGCAGUCAUUUUGAGGUUUUCUUAACACAUGACAAAAUAUCACACCGGUAUGCGUACUGAAACAAUACAACAACCUGUUAUUUUUGUCGAAAUACUUGCACUUAGACCCUGUAUGUGUGAAAUGUUAUAAUAGUAACGUGAAAUUUAACAGUAAUAUAUGGCUUUUGUUACAACCAUGAACGAUUCCAUUCUACAGUCUCACAAAUUAUGUCCAUUGUAUCCCAGUAUUUCUAAAGCCUGUGUGUUUAUGUGGUUGUACUUAUGUGAAAAUAAAUGG